AUGAAUCAAUGUAACAUUAAUCUUCUUGAUCUACCUACUGAAAUAUUACUUACUAUUUUUAAAAAACUUGAUAAUAUGGAUGUUCUUUAUUCAUUGUUUGAUAUUAAUAAUCAACGACUUGAUAACAUAAUACAAGAAAAUACUUUCACUAAUACUCUCAAUUUUGUAUUAACAACAUUAACUAAUGAUUUCUUAUCGAUAUCUGAUCCAAUACUUGAUCGAUUUUGCACGAAUAUAUUACCAAAAAUUCAUUAUAAUGUUAAAUCUCUUAUUCUUAACUCAUUAUCUAUGGAACGUAUUCUUCUUGUUGCUGACUAUUCAAAUUUAUGUGAAAUAAAAAUCUUCAAUUUUAAUAUUCAAUCACCAUGUCGACGUCUUUUUCAACGACAAAUUACAGAUCUUAUUCUUGUAUUUGAAAAUUAUGUUAAUGAAAUAUCAUGUAAACAUUAUACAACAGAUUCUUUUCCAUCUUUAGUACUUCGUAAUUUACCUAUAACUACUUGUUACUCUUCAACUCUUUCCAAAUUAUGUAUUAAUGUAAUUUAUUAUGAUGAUUUACUUGAUUUACUUGAUGGUCGUCUCAAACAAUUACAUACAUUGCGUGUUGUUAUUAUUAAUCAGGAAUAUAAUUCAACGAAUGUUUAUAAUAUAAAUAAUUUAUCUGAUUUGAAAUAUUUUUAUUUACAAUAUGAUUGUUUAACUGAUACAUAUAAUAGUCAAAUUUUACCUCUUUUACGUCGUAUGUCAAAUAUAGAAGUAUUAAAUUUACAUCUUACUAUGGAUAAUCAAACUACAUUUAUUGAUGGUAAACACAUUUAUAAUGAAAUUAUUGUUCAUAUGUCACGACUUCAUACAUUUAACUUUUGUUUUUGUACUUUCAUUCCAUUGGAUCAUUUAUUUAAAGAUGAUAUUCUACAAAUUUUUCCUAGCAUUAUAUAUCAACAAGUGGACUGUAUGAUUGAGUAUCAAGAUGUUGAUGUCAAAUAUCAUGUAUUUACAUUGCCAUUCAUGUUUGAUUAUCUUCCUUAUAUUGAUAAUACAUUUCCAAAUAUUAUUUUCAAUCAUGUUAUAAGAUUGGUGAUAGAGGAUGAAAUUUCAUUGGAACAUGAAUUUUUCAUGCGAAUUGUGCGGUCUUUUCCUUUACUUAAAAUAUUACAUGUUAUUAAUCUUAUGCCACAGUCACCAAUAUCAAACGAAUUAGACUCUAAUGAUAAUGAAUUGUAUUCAACAAUUAUUAAAUUUCCUUAUCUUACUACACUUAAUCUUCAAUAUGCUUAUCCUGAUUAUAUUGAACAAUUUCUUAAUGAUAAAAAAACACAUCUACCUUAUCUAACCAAAUUAACAGUUGGUUACUAUGAAUUAAAAAGUGUCACGAGAAAUUUUACAAACGAUAGAACACGACUCAAUUGUAUGAAAGUAAAACAAUUAAAUAUGAGUCCAAAAAUGAGUAUACAUUCAGAAGAUUUCUAUGCUUAUUCUCCUUCAUUGUAA